CUUUUUUUGAAUAAAGAGGGAAAACAAAAGACCUCUCUCUCCUCUCUCUCUUUGUCCCACCAUUCGAUCAUCGCCCCUCCAUCCCCUUUUGACAAGCUCCAUCACAGCCCGCCGUUUUAGCUGCCUUGUCUUUUAGCUACAUACCUUAGCAGCGCUUUGGGCAUUUAAACUUGAAGCCUGGGCCUUGUUGUUCUCCUCAUUCUUUCUUUCUCUUCCUCUUCUGCCCAGUUUGACAUUACGUCAAAUUGCAAUUGGAGUCUUUAUUCUUCUUUUUGCUUUCUUUCGAUCUUCGGAAUCGACACGACAAUGGCCGAUUCUGUCCCUAUUCCUGAGCCUCCUGGGUUGCCCUUUUUGGGUAAUUUGGGCGAGUUCUCGGCGAACCCGAUUGAGGAUAUUGUUCGCUUGUCGAAUACAUAUGGAGAAAUCUACAGACUUCAUAUGGGUAGCCGUCCCGUUGUCUUCAUUAGCACUCAGGCCCUUGUCAACGAAGUCUGCGAUGAGAAGCGAUUUCAAAAGUCUUUGAGCUCCGUUCUCCGAGUUGUGCGUGAGGGCGUCCACGAUGGCCUAUUCACCGCACACUCCGAUGAGCCCAACUGGGGAAAAGCUCAUCGUGUUCUGACUCCGGCCUUUGGACCUCUCCCUAUCCGCGAUAUGUUUGAUGAGAUGCAUGACAUCAGCUCACAGCUGGCCCUGAAACUGGCUCGUCACGGUCCUCACAAGCCCAUUCAUGUAUCGGAUGAAUUCACAAAGCUGGCGCUGGACACCAUUGCGCUGUGUUCUAUGGAUUAUCGCUUCAACUCUUACUACAAGGACAAGAUGCACCCCUUCGUCCAGGCCAUGGGUGACUUCCUUGCAGAAUGCGGUAGACGAAACAGGAGACCCGGCUUUGCCCCCAACUUCCUCUACCGCGCCGCCAAUGAAAAGUUUUACAACGACAUCGCCAUUCUGAGAGACACUGCCAAUGCCGUUGUGGAGGCUCGAAGAAAGAAUCCCAGUGAUCGAAAGGACCUGCUCGGCGCCAUGUUGAACGGCGUGGACCCCCAGACCGGCGAGAAGCUAAGCGACGCCAACAUCACGGAUCAGCUCAUUACGUUUUUGAUUGCUGGCCAUGAGACAACGUCUGGUACGCUAUCAUUUGCCUUUUACCAUCUCUUGAAGAACCCAUCCGCCUAUCGAAAGGUCCAAGAAGAGGCCGAUGCGGUGCUUGGCCGUGGACCUGCCAAAGUCGAGCAUGUUUCCAAGCUCGUUUAUAUCCAAGCAGUCCUGAGAGAGACUCUACGUCUUAGUGCCGCAAUCCCGGCCUUUUCUGUUGAAGCUCUCGAAGAUACCCUUAUUGGAGGCAAAUACCUCGUUCACAAGGGCGAACCAAUCACCUGCGUUCUCGCCAAAUCACAUCUUGAUCCUGUAGUCUAUGGCGACGACGCCAAUGAUUUCAAGCCAGAGCGCAUGCUCGAUGAUGAGUUUGCUCGGCUCAACAGAGAAUUCCCCAACUGCUGGAAGCCCUUUGGCAACGGCAAGCGAGGCUGCAUUGGAAGAGGUUUCGCCUGGAACGAGGCCGUCAUCGCCAUGGCUAUUCUUUUCCAAAACUUCAACUUUAGCCUCGACGAUCCCAACUACCAGUUGGAAAUUGCUUCAUCCCUGACUAUCAAACCAAAGGAUUUCUUCAUGCGAGCCACCCUUAGGGAUGGAAUGACUCCGACAGAGCUUGAGCAGAGGCUGGCUGGAAAAGGCGUCGUAGAGGAGCAUCAUGCAGAUAAGAAGGCGGCCAGUGCAGCGAGCAGCAAGGGACCCCAGAAUCCCUUGGCUGUUUACUACGGUUCCAACAGCGGCACUUGCGAGGCCUUGGCCCAAAGAGUGGCAACUGAUGCAGCUAGCCAUGGCUUCAAGGUCACUGACCUUGCUCCUCUUGACUCUGCCAACCAGAACCUUCCCAAGGACCGGCCAGUCAUCAUUGUCACGGCCUCGUACGAGGGACUGGCACCAUCCAAUGCGGCCCACUUUGUAAGCUGGAUUGAAAACCUCAAGGGCAACGAGGUGGAAGGAGUGUCAUAUGCCGUCUUUGGCUGUGGUCACCACGACUGGGUCCAGACGUUCCACCGCAUUCCUAAGCUCGUGGAUUCGACUCUGGCAGAGCAUGGCGCUACUCGCCUCAUUCCGCUAGCUACUACCGAUGCUGCGGACCGUGACAUGUUUAGCGAUUUCGAAACUUGGGAGGACGAAACCCUCUGGCCUGCUCUGAAGGAAAAGUAUGGUACCUCUGCAGCAUCUACCGAUGGCUCAGCUGGCGGCUUGAUUGUCGAUGUAUCGCUCCCCCGCAAGUCGACGCUACGCCAAGAUGUCGAGGAGGCCCUCGUCACCAGCACCAAAACUCUGACUACCAGCGGAUCUACUAAGAACCACAUCGAGGUCCGCCUGCCUACAGGCAUGACAUACCGAUCCGGCGAUUAUCUGGCUGUCCUGCCCUUCAACCCGAAGGAUACGGUAGCCCGAGUCUUCCGUCGCUUCCAGCUUUCUUGGGAUGCCGUCUUGACCAUUCACUCGGACCAGCCGACUGCCCUCCCCACGGAUACCCCUGUUUCUGCAAACGACUUGUUGAGAGCAUAUGUUGAGCUAAGCCAGCCAGCAACCAAGAGGAACAUUUCUGUCAUGGUUGAAGCUACUCAGGAUGAGGAGCUCAAGGCUCAGAUUGAGAAGCUAGCUGGGGACGACUACCAGCAGGAGAUUAGUGCUAAGCGUGUUUCUGUCCUCGAUUUGUUGGAGAGAUUCCCCUCUCUCGAAUUACCCCUAGACACAUACCUAGCCAUGCUUCCACCCAUGCGUGUCCGCCAGUACUCCAUUUCCUCUUCUCCUCUGGCGGAUCCCUCCAAACUCACUCUUACCUACUCCGUUCUCGAACAGCCCGCGCUAUCCGGCCAGGGUUCUCACUUCGGAGUGGCCACGCACUUCCUGGCUUCUCUUGCCCCUGGUGAGAGACUACACGUUGCCGUCCGCCAAUCCAAAGCCUUCCACCUCCCAACCGAUGCCGAAAACACUCCUCUGAUCUUCGUCGGCACGGGCUCCGGCUUGGCUCCUUUCAGAGGCUUCGUCCAGGAGCGCGCUGCCAUGAUUGCCGCGGGCCGCAAGCUUGCGCCAGCCUUGCUCUUCUACGGAUGCCGCUCUCCCGAUAUGGACGAUCUGUAUGCCGAAGAAUUCGAGCGAUGGGAGAAGCUUGGCGCUGUCGAGAUGCGCAAGGCUUACUCGCGCGCUUCGGACAAGUCGUUUGGCUGCAAGUAUGUCCAGCACCGAAUGUCGCACGACCGCGAAGAUUUGUUUAAGCUGUGGGAUCAGGGCGCCAAGGUCCUCGUCUGCGGUAGUCGCGAUGUUGGAAAGGCCGUCGAGGCUGUUUGCGUCGAGCUUGUUCAGGAGAAGGCCAAGGCUGACGGAAAGGAGGUGGAUGAGGAGAAGGCCCAAGCUUGGUGGGACAAGCAGCGCAAUGAGAGAUAUGUCACGGAUGUGUUUGACUAGACGAGAGUCAUGCCGAUUUUGGUAUCUGAAUUUUGGGUUGUCUGUGCUUUGACGAGCAUGCCAUUAAAUGUAGCGAUGUCUUUGAGGAUAGUGUGUUGAUACAAGUCUGAUAUCAAGCGGUCAGCUUUAUUACAUUGGCAAAGAAAGAAAAGAACGGAAGAAAAAUUGUGUAGCUAUCUAACACCCAAAAUCUAUUAAACAUGAAAAAUUCAUAUGUCAGUUAUUCAAGUGUCAUCUCAACCCUCACGAUGCC